AAUAAAUGCAAGGCUAGUGAAGAGUCCACAGGUGUUUGUGUGCUAUUUACUCAAUCUAAAAACUAGAACACACGACACUGUUGUGCUGAUGCAGUGUAUGCGGUCCGGGUCACGUGAGUUCCGCACGACUCUCUCCUUCAGGAAACACUCUGGAUCGAAAGCAGAAGUUUAAACUUCAUGGAUGAGAAGACGCCAUUUCGGAGACUCUCACAAAUAUUACCACUUUACGUUUUACUAGCAAAGCAACAGGAGUCAUGUUUGCCUGACCAUCACACACAUUGUUUGACUAAAUCAGAGGAAUGUUUCACACUGCGGUUAAAGUGAAAAGGCCAGGUGUCAGUUCCUCAAUAUAAAGAAAAUAGAGAACGUUGCAUCUAAAAUGAUGCAGGAGACUCCGAGAUCUUCAUCUCCAGAACCCAACUGUGUGUCUCUGAAGAGUGACAAACCACUGCAUCAUCCUCCUGAUCUCAGUGAUGAAGCAGUGACCUCUGACCCCAGCAGAGGGAGUCAGAGAGCUUCAUCUCCAGAGCCCAGCUGUGUGUUCCUGAAGAGUGACAAAUCACUGCAUCAUUCUCCUGAUCUCAGUGAUGAACCAGUGACCUCUGACCCAAUCACUGUGUAUGGAGAUGAUCAGACUGGAGACCAUGAUUCUCCUCAAUCAGUAAUUGAUGAGCUGCAGAGAGUCAAAGACCGACACAAAACCAGCAUGAAGAACAAGUAUGAGAGAUUAUUUGAGGGACUGAAACUCAAGGAGAAUGAAACCCUCCUGAACAGGAUCUACACACAGCUCUACAUCAUAGAGGGAGAGAGUGAAGGAGUGAAUGAAGAACAUGAGGUUUUACUGAUGGAGAAAAAAGCAAGAACACAACACUCACAAGAAACUCCAAUCUACUGCAAUGACAUCUUUAAAGCCUCACCUGAACCAGGAUGUGAGGAGAAAGACCAAAUCAAGACUGUUCUAACUAAAGGCAUCGCUGGAAUUGGAAAAACCGUCUCUGUGCAGAAGUUCAUUCUUGACUGGGCCGAGGGAAAAGACAAUCAGGAUGUAGAUUUCAUGUUUGUGCUUCCAUAUCGAGAGCUGAACUUGAUCCAAGAUCAUCAGUACAGUCUUCACAGACUUCUGCUGGACUUUCAUCCUGAACUUCAAGAUCUGGACUCAAAGAUUUAUGAGGAGAGUAAAGUUGUGUUCAUCUUUGAUGGUCUGGAUGAAAGCAGAAUCACAGAGUUUUCAGAUGAAUUUUCAGAUGUUCAGAAAGUUUCUGGUGUGACUGAGACUUCAUCAGUGGGUGUGUUGAUGUCAAACCUCAUGAAAGGAGAUCUGCUUCCCAAUGCUCUCAUCUGGAUCACCUCCAGACCAGCAGCAGCCAGUCAGAUCCCCUCCAAAUACAUCAACCGUCUGACAGAGAUUCAGGGAUUCAAUGAGCCUCAGAAGGAGGAAUAUUUCAGGAAGAGAAUCAGUGACGAGCAUCAAGCCAGCAGAAUCAUCUCACACAUCAGAAGAGCAAGAAGCCUCCACAUCAUGUGCCACAUACCCGUCUUCUGCUGGAUCUCAUCCACUGUGCUUCAGAAGCUCCUGAAUGAAGAUCUGAGUGCAGAAAUCCCUCAAACUCUGACAGAAAUGUACAUCCACUUCCUGCUGAUUCAGAUCAACAUGAGGAAUCAGAAGUAUGAAGAGAAAAAAACAAAAGAACUUCUCAAGUCCAACAGAGAAGUGAUUGUGAAACUUGCUGAAGUGGCUUUCAAGCAGCUGAUGAAGGGCAAUGUGAUGUUCUAUGAGGAGGACCUGAGAGAGAGUGGCAUAGACGUCACUGACGCCUCAGUGUAUUCUGGGAUUUGCACUGAGAUCUUUAAGGAGGAAUCUUUGAUUCUUCAGAGAAAAGUCUACAGCUUUAUUCAUCUGAGUGUCCAGGAGUUUCUUGCUGCUUUCUAUGUGUUUUACUCACAUGUGGUCAAGAACAAAGAGCCACUGCAUGAAUUCAGAUAUUAUAUAUUGAAUCAAGCCUCUCUGGAUGAUCUACUAAGAUCAGCAGUAGAUGAAGCCCUCUGGUGUAAGAAUGGACACCUGGAUCUGUUUCUGCGGUUCCUGCUGGGCAUCUCACUGGAGUCAAAUCAGAGACUCUUACAGGAUCUUCUGACACACACAGAGAACAGCUCAGAGAGCAUCAGGAAAACCACACAAUACAUUAAAGGCAAGAUCAAAGAUAAAUUGAAUCGUUAUCAUCUAUCAGCCGAUACAUCCAUGAAUCUGUUUCUCUGUCUGCUGGAAAUGAAAGAUCAGACUCUGUCCAGAGACAUUCAGGAGUUUGUGAAAUUAGACAAAUAUUCAGAGGAGAAACUCUCUCCUGCUCAGUGCUCAACAAUCUCCUACAUGAUUCAGAUGUCAGAGGAGGUUCUGGAUGAACUGGAUGCCACGAAAUACAACACAUCAGAUGAGGGUAGAAGAAGACUGAUACCAGCUCUGAUCAACUGCAGAAAAGCUCUCCUUACUGGCUGUAAUAUCACUGGUCAGGAUUGUGAAAUUAUGACAUCAGCUCUUCAAUCCUCAAACUGUGUCCUGAGAGAGCUGGAUCUGAGUAACAAUUACCUGCAGGAUUCAGGAGUGAAGCUGCUCUCUGAUGUACUGAAGAGUCCAAACUGUCAGCUGCAGAUACUGAGGUUGUCUGGCUGUAUGAUGACAGAGGAAGGCUGUGGUUAUGUGUCUUCAGCUCUGAGUUCAAAUCCAUCACGCCUGAGAGAGAUUGAGCUGAGUAACAAUGACCUGCAGGAUUCAGGAGUGAAGAUUAUUUCUGAUGGACUGACAAGCCCAAACUGUCGGCUGCACACACUGAGGUUGUCUGGCUGUAUGAUGACAGAGAAAGGCUGUGGUUUUGUGUCUUCAGUUUUGAUUUCAAACCCCUCAUAUCUGAGAGAACUGGAUCUGAGUAACAAUGACCUGCAGGAUUUAGGAGUGAAGAUUAUUUCUAAUGGACUGAUAAGCCCAAACUGUCAGCUGCACAUACUAAGGUUGUCUGGCUGUAUGAUGACAGAGGGAGGCUGUGGUUAUAUGUCUUCAGCUUUGAGUUCAAACCCCUCACACCUGAGAGAGCUAGACCUGAGCAGCAAUGACCUGCAGGAUUCAGGAGUGAAGAUUAUUUCUGAAGGACUGAAGAGUCCAAACUGUCAGCUGCAGAAACUGAAGUUGUCUGGCUGUAUGGUGACAGAGGAAGGCUGUGGUUAUGUGUCUUCAGCUCUGAGUUCAAACCCCUCACACCUGAGAGAGCUGGAUCUAAGCUACAAUCACCCAGGAGAUUCAGGAGUGAAGCUGCUCUCUGACAAAUUGAAGGAUUGCUCACUGCAGAUACUCAAUGUGGAUCAUUGUAGCGAGUUCAGAAUUACAGCAGGACCACAAAAAUGGGCCUGUGAUCUCACACUGGAUCCAAACACAGCACACACUGAACUCAUUCUCUCUGAUGAGAACAGGAAGAUCACAAAUAUGAGAACAAAGCAGCCAUAUCCUGAUCAUCCAGAGAGAUUUGAUGAGUAUUUUCAGGUUCUGUGUGGAGAGAGUCUGCCUGGACGCUGUUACUGGGAGGUUGAAUGGAGCAGAGGUGCUGUUAUAUCAGUGUCAUAUAAAGGAAUCAGCAGGAAAGGAUUGAUGGAAGACUGUAUGUUUGGAUACAAUGACAAAUCCUGGAGUCUGGACUGCUUUAAUACUAAUUUCUAUGUCCGUCACAAUACAAACGGCACUUAUAUACCUGUCGACCGUUCAUCUUCUACUAGAGUAGGAGUGUAUGUGGACGUGUCGGCCAGGACUCUGUCCUUCUACACCGUCUCUGACACACACACACUCACACACUUACACACAUUCAACACCACAUUCACUGAACCCCUCUAUGCUGGAUUUAGAGUUGAUUAUUAUAAAUCCUCAGUGUGUCUGUGUGACAUUAAACAGCCUCCUGUGAGAAACAACAGUGAUACACACACAACCGGUGUGGAUCAUUGUGGAGAGUUCAGAAUUACAGCAGAACUACACAAAUAUGCCUGUGAUCUCACACUGGAUCCAAACACAGCAAACACUUAUCUCAUUCUGUCUGAGGAGAACAGGAAGGUGACUCGUGUGUUUCAGGAUCAGUCGUAUCCUGAUCAUCCUGAGAGAUUUGAUGUUACUCCUCAGGUUCUGUGUGGAGAGAGUCUGACUGGACGCUGUUACUGGGAGGCUGAAUGGAGCAGAGGUGCUGAAAUAUCAGUGACAUAUAAAGGAAUCAGCAGGAAAGGAGAGAGUGAAGACUGUGUGUUUGGAUACAAUGACAAAUCCUGGAGUCUGGAGUGCUCUAAUAAAAGUUUCUCUGCCCGUCACAAUAAGAACAGCACUAAGAUACCUGUCAUCAGUUCAUCCUCUAAGAGAGUAGGAGUGUAUGUGGACGUGUCGGCCGGCACUCUGUCCUUCUACAGCGUCUCUGACACACACACACUCACACACUUACACACAUUCAACACCACAUUCACUGAACCCCUCUAUGCUGGAUUUGGGGUUCAUUAUUAUAAAUCCUCAGUGUCUCUGUGUGACAUUAAUCAACCUCCUUUGAGAAACGACAGUGAUACACACACAACCAGGUUCUCUGACUCCAAACCUUCUGGGCUCAAUAUUCACCCACUGCUGAACUGUCAGUCUUGUGUCCAUAUAGCUGAUUCUGAUCAGUGGGUUCAGAUUGAUCCGUCGGCCUGUACAGAUGAAGGAGGGUCAAAGUUCAGGGUCAGCACUGACCCAGGCCGUUACGAGUGUGUCCGGACCAGAAUGCGAUGGGUCUGUGACUGUGACGUCACCCUUCAGUACUGUACCGUAGACGGACACUUCCUCAACACAGAGCUGGAGAGGCUGCAGUGUAACCGGAUCGGUCCAGUGAUUGACGUGAUGGUGAUCUCAGGGAAACUGGAGGAAGUUCAUCUGCCCCAUUACGCCUGUUUAGGAGAGUCUGACCCCUCUCUCAAAGAUGCUGUGAAAGUCCUCAGCGUAAAAGACGAGGGAAUAACCACAGAACCUGUGCAGUUGACCCGAUUCCAUGCUAAGAUUGUCCAACCAUCCUUCUCUCUUAAAACAUUAAUAAUAAGUUGGAUAAUGCAAGUAGAUGAACACUGUGAUCUUCUUCUCUACAUGCAUUCUAAAGUUCCUCUCAUUCUACAUGUCUACUUUUUCCCAUUUGAUGAUUGUGCAAAAGAAAAAGUUGAGAAGGAGGAAAAGUCAAGUUGUCCAAUCCCGCAUCCCAGACCUGACAGGCCAUUUCGGAUGAAAACGCCACACAUUCUUGACAUUUCUGGUGCCUUGACUAUCCAUCCCAAAGAAGGGAUCACACUCAGAAGAGAAACUCCUCCAAACUACUUCAAGGUCACAACACGUCUGGAGAAUGAUCUUCAAAUGACUCUUAUCAGAGAAGAGGAUAAGGAGGAGGUCUGGACUGCAACAAUUUUGAAAUAUGAACUUGAUCUGAUAAAUCCAAAGAGAGACGAGCCAAAUUUGAAUAGCGAAGCAGUGCAGAUGAGCAGUAACACUCCCACUGGAGACAGUGUUGGUGUAACAGCUGACACAGGUGCAAGUGUAAACGCUCCUGUACUCACUAGAAACACUAUCACGGGCCCAGUACACAUCAACUACAUCUUAAACCCUGCAGUACACAAUGCGGCAACAAGGAUCAAUGAAGACUCAGCUACAGAGGACAGUAAAUCUGAAAACUGAAACCAUCAUCCGUCACAUCAGGAAAUCCAGGAGUACAUCAUGUGCCACAUCCCCAUCUUCUGCUGGAUCUCUCUCACUGUUCUUCAGCCUCUGCUGGCUCGAGAGACCAACAACUCUCACAGAAAUGUACACAAACUUCUUGUGUCCAGUGGCACAACACUUUUUAGAGUUAAGACAUUUGACUUUGCAGUACGUUGGUGUUGAAGAUGUUAAACUUCCUCGAAGAGGGGGUGAUAUAUAUAAAAAAAGAUUUUAAAACGUGAAGCAUAUUGGAUAUACACUUUGAAUCCAUUAUAAUCUAAUGGUCUCAAUGAAGAAUUUGAUAUUCAGCCUUUAAUUUUGUUAUUGAUCUGUAUGUGUGGAUUUAUUGCAUUAUGUUCGUUAUGUUGUUGGUAUUUUCUUUUGUUUUCUUGCAGUCAGUCAUUUUCUGAUUGAAAUUUUUUGAUUGAUUCAUAUUUUCAGGUAUUUCUUGAUAUGUAUAUGUUUGUUUUCAGUUAAUUGAUGUUUUCACUUUUAUUCUAGUUAUGUGAUUUGUUUGUUGCCCUUUUUUUUGUCAUGUGGGAUUAUGUGAUACGGGUUUGUGUGUAUAAGGGCGUAUAUUCAUAUAGCCUCUUCCAUGGCCUCAUGGGAUAGGAAAGUGUCCAUCAUUUGCAAACUUCAGAAUCUCGCCAAAUGUAGCAGGUCAUCCGUGUACGUUUUGAUAUUGUUUUGUGUGUCUGAAUUCACAGUACUCAUUUCUUUUGUCUCAGUGUUUUUCACCUACUCAAUAGUAGGGAAGCAUGUGAUUUUAGAUGCAGCUCUUGUGUUCAUUGACUGAUGAAGAGCCAUUAGGCUCGAAGCAUCACCUGUGGUGAGAACAUAAAAUAAAUAUUUUUCUAUUUUUGGUGA